CAAUGUUGAUAUACUUGGGUUUGUAAGUGGGAGAAAUAUUUAGAAGACAAGUGUGCAUUGAAUAGUAAUUAAGGAAACAAGAUGUCAAGUUUUGGAUCCAACCAAUCUGAAUCAUCUUCUUGUUUUUUAGCAAGAAAGCGUGGCAAGAUGGCAGCGUGGAGCAUGACUUCUCUCAUCACUGCUUUGCCAGAAUCUCCUAAUUCCACCCACAGUUCUACCUACUCAGACAAUGCCACUGAAUUCUCCACUCCAAGAAACCAGAGAUUAGGCAUCGCCUACAUCGACAACAACUGCUUAUCUGAUAUUGAUGAAUGGUUGGAACAUGCCAAUAAGUUCUGCAAAUCCUUCAACGAACAUCUUACAGAAACAAGGCGAAAUGGAAGUCCUGAACGAGACUUGAGAAUGUCAGCAGUAUGCAACAAUUUCCUUACAACUUCGGAGAAUGAACUUUACAACAUAAUACUACCCUCAGUCAGAGAAGAAAGUCCAAACCGACAUACUCAAACCCACCUUACCUCUUGCAUCAACAGAUACGGAGGAGGACGACGACCCUUCAAAUCAGCAACCACCAGUAAACAACGCACAAGACUCAUCAGCAAGCCCAAGCCUUAUGAUGAAUUCUUGAAUGAAAUCAGAAGGAAGAAACUGGAAGCCGAUAAAGUUGCACGUAACAAGGCCAAGCAUCUUCAACUUAUGCACAGGUUGAGAAGGAAAGAAGAAGCUAUAAAUGAUUGGGAAUUGCAGCAAACCAGAAAAGCCAUGGAUCAUAUGGAUAAAAUUCAGGCAUGCAAUGUAACCUAAUAUCCUAUCUUUCAUUGUUAGCUUUCAAGAAAUAGAUUAUACAAGAAAGAGCAUAAAGGAACAUCUCUAAAGUUGUAAAUAUAUUGCAAAAUAAUCUUUAAAGUUGUAAAGGAACACGCCUCUCACAUAAUGAUGGACACUAUGAACCUGAUUUUAAUCGAUUUCUUUAUAAUACAUAGAAUGAUUUAAGUGCCCUAUAGUAAAUCAACAUCCUGUGAGUGAUUGCAGAAUGAGCUUGAAAGAAAACAAGGAAUGGCUUCGGAAAGGACUCGGAAGAAAAUAAGCUCAGUGAGGGAAAAGGCAGAGAAGCAAAAGUGGAACUUGAGGAGAUCAACAAUGAAAAAGUUUCAACAACUUCAAAUACACCAUACUCGCUCCACUUCAGAUACUUCAUGGGAAACAAACUUUACCUUUAUGACAGAACCAAUCGGCAUUAAAUAUUGUCUCUAGAAGAACAUUUUACUACUAGAAUAUUUUCUUUUUGUUCCUUGUAUUGUGGUAUUGCAAAUAGUCGGUUAGAGCUAAUGAUUUGUCUUGCGAGUUACUGUUACAUUUACUUCCAAAAUUGCAAAAUUCAAAUUGAAACUUGAUGGGACAACAUGCUAAACCCGCAAUACUUGCUUGUUAUGUUAAUGAAAGAUAGAAUAGAAACUCUGGAAGCUAUACUCGGCCAUUAAACCUUAUCAUUUAACACUAAUAGUUAUGAUGCAAUUUAAUAUGACACCUGGGCCCUAUGAAGGAGAUAUGUAAUUAAAAUUACCAACUUACCCCUUCGUCCAAUUAUGUAGCCAUAAGGAAUCCGAGAUAUCUUAACCAACUCUCUUGAAUGGACUACUAAAAUCUGGAGAAGCUUGUAAAUAGUCACAAAUUCAGAAAGUAGAUAACUUUAUAGAAAAUAUAUCAUUUACAAUGAGAAAUAUACAAACAUACGUUGGAUCAUGGACAGUGCGUCAAUAGACCCAUCUAAAAUGGUUAG